AUGAAUGGGGCUAAUAAUGGGCAUAAAUCUUCACUUACUUUACCUAAAGUAAAGGGAGACGAUGAUUUCAGAGAAGAUACGCCUAAUAAAGAAAAUGUAAGACCACAUGACGUAGAAAAGUUACCAAACAUUAAAUACGGUGCCAGUUCGCAAAGAAAAUCUCCAGAACAAAGAAGAUUUAGUUUGGACGUUAAGGUAAAGCACGAAAUCUCUUAUGGUGGCAAUGGAGAAGAUCGAAGAAGUCCAAAGAAAACUAGAUUCGUCAAAAGAUUGUCUAAUGGAGAUAAAGUAACGAAACUAAUAAUUGACGACAGCUAUGACGGUGGGGAUGAGAUGGUGGUUGAAAAGAAGCCAACACCCGAAGCAGCUAUUUUGCGGGUAACUGGUGGAGUUGAGCUUGUUCCACUUCUUGCUAGAAGACGUCGUGUUGGCGCACGCACUUUGCCAUCCAGUGAUGUCACAAGACCGGCCGAUCAAUCGUGUCAAUGGCGGGAAUCACUCAACAUGGAUUACUUGAGAGAACUAAAACAGCAAAUGAAAGUGAAAUGCAUACAAAAAGAGGAACACCGGCGCGAUUCAGCUGAGAGCGUUCGUAAGCACCAUGAGACAUGGGAGUCUCUUUGGGGCAGGCAAGGACACGGAGCUCCUCUACGCGGCAAAUACGCAAGGAAUAACUUAGCACAACUACUCUAUGUAGCACCCCUGACAAAUGCUCAGUAAAAAGCAUUAUGUAGUGACUUCACCACUAGUAAAAUACAAAAACAAAUGGCAGUAUCCAAAG